AUGGCUUCUUCCGAGGUUCACCAUCUAUUCCACUCCCCAGUUGCGGACCAUUCGUUCUCUCAAGACAAGGGUACUUUGGCUGUUGCUCGAGACAACAAUGUAGAGCUCUACCAGGCGUCAGGCAACGAGUUUACAUUGAAAGAUGAAUUGAGGGGCCACGACAAAACCGUCACAAGUGUUGACAUUGCGCCAAACAGUGGUCGCAUUGUGACUUGCUCGCAAGAUCGCAAUGCUUACGUCUGGGAGCAGACACCCAACGGUUGGAAGCCCACCCUCGUUCUUCUCCGAAUCAACCGCGCUGCCACAUACGUUCGAUGGUCGCCCUCUGAGCAGAAAUUCGCCGUCGGCUCCGGAGCUCGAGUGAUAGCAGUCUGCUACUUUGAAGAGGAAAACGACUGGUGGAUUUCCAAACACUUGAAAAAGCCCAUCCGUAGUACCAUUACUACGCUCGCAUGGCACCCAAACUCCGUUCUUUUGGCUGCUGGAUCUACGGAUUCUCAUGCUAGAGUGUUCUCUAGUUACAUCAAGGGCAUUGACGAGAGACCGGAGCCUUCAGCUUGGGGUGAGCGACUUCCGUUCAACACCGUCUGCGGCGAGUUCUUAAAUGACUCUGCUGGAUGGGUGCAUGGUGUUGCCUUUUCACCUAGCGGAAAUGCCCUUGCAUUUGCUUCUCACGACAGCAGUGUGACUGUCGUUUACCCGAGUGCUCCUGAUCAGCCACCAAAGGCCAUGCUCAACAUUAGCACUCGUCUGCUUCCUUUCAACAGUCUUGUCUGGAGUGGUGAAGACCAGAUCAUCGCCGCAGGUCAUGACUGUGAAGUAUAUCGUCUUCAAGGCGAUGAGAACGGAUGGGAACUAGUCGGCUCACUUGAAAGCAAGCGUGGUCCAGCUGGAGGUGCUCGGGAAGAGUCUGCCUUGAACAUGUUCCGUCAAAUGGAUCUCCGUGGUCAGGCUCAGAGUACCACCCAGCUUGAUACUGUUCACCAGAACACCAUCAACACCCUCCGCGUACAUGAGGAGCAGGGCGGUGUCGUGAAGAAGUUUACCACGAGUGGUGUUGAUGGUAGGGUUGUUGUGUGGACUAUUUAG